AUGUCAAGACAUACUGAUGCAAGAAGGACUUGGCUAUUGACUGCAUGUAUUCAUGCUCUUGGAAUUUGCUUUUCCAUAGCAUUUGCUAUUUGGUCACUCUUCCUAUUCAUCGUUUCAUCAAGUGAUACUGCUACCAACAGACCAAACAUGAUUAGUCCAAAUCCAUUGGCAGAUUCUACUGCAUGUUUAGGGAGAACACUUGUAAAUAUGAUGUUAGCUGUCACAUGUUUGGAAUUUCUUGGAGUAAUUCUUGGAUUUGUAGCUAUGUGUUCAGGUUUCCUUGAUGUACUUUCUGAUACUUUCUCUAGAACUAAUCGAGUUCUCAAUAGUGGUAAUUAUUCACCAGGAACUGAGGAUGGUGGUUAUGCAGUUUUGAGAGAAAACUGGAUUAAUGAAUCUCCAACAAUAUUCGAAAAUCAACCAGCUCAAGAUCCAGUCUAUAUGAGUUCAAGUGUUGAUAGAAUGAAUCCUCAAACUCAACAAGCAAUUUCAGUUUCCACAGCACAAGGCAUUGAAAUGCAAUCAACCACUCAACCACAAGUUCAAUACAGUGAACCAACUCCAAAUAAUUACAGAGAGAAAUCAUACGAAAUGCAUUACGAACAAACUCGUGGUAAUUCAAUCUCUGCAUGUUUCUGCUGUAGUAUCAACUUGAAUAAGUAUACAUUGUGCACUCAUUCUUUCUUUAGAGUUUGUUGUGGAUCUAUCAAAACUUUGAAUGGCAUUGCAAUUACCAUCUUGUUGGUUUUUAUGGCAUUUUACAAUUUUGAAUCUCAAUGUUAUGUUCAAUAUCCUGUAAUUUAUGAUAUGAUUUCUCCGUUCUUGAUUGCUCAAUUUGUAUAUACUGUUGGUGCAUCACUUGCUUGUUUGUGUAUUACUUGUGGUUCUUUUCUUUUCAAUUUGUUGCUUGCAGUUGUGGCUUAUUAA